GCUAUUCCCCAACUCAUCAACGGCCCUUUCUAGAAUAUUCCCGUGGUACCCCUCCCUAAGGCUAGGAUUGGUCCCCUUUAUUUGUAGUGAAUGUGAUGACGUAGUCGAAAAUUGCCAAACAAACUAUGGCUACAGAGGAAAUUACUGGGAAUAUUGAAAUGGCGGCCGCUAUAACCCCAUCUUCUCACGUCCAACAAGCUAAAGAAUGGCUUUGGCAGCGAAAAGCUCAGAUGAAACCAUGGACAGAUUUUUUUAAGAGUUCGCGCUUUAGCAGGCCAAAGACAGUCGCUGAAGCUGGAAGAAGAGUCGUUAAGAACUUGGAGGACUACCAGAGCAACUACAUCGUUAUAACGCUUCUUUUGAUUUUUUACUGUGUAUAAGUGAUCUUGUUGCCUUUCAGUUAUGUAGUUUGAAAAGAGAAAGAGUCUUUGUAGAUAUUACAUACGUAAUCUUUGCAAUCGCGCUCUCCUAACUGUCUUAACUCAGUCCAUGAAUCCAAGAACACCUUACGAAUUCGUUUUGUUGGUUCUUCUACCCUAAAACACCUCUUUGAAGAGUAAAGAAUUUGAAGCUGUAAAAGCCCAGUUCUGUAAAGAUCAACUAAACGUUUGUUGUGAAAGAUGGAUAGCACGACACUCGGUUGUACUCCGCUUGAACGGAAUCGGUCGCGAUCUUUAAGUAUUUUAAUGAUUCAAGGUGAAUUACAAAAAAUAUUUAAAAGAGAUUAGUAGCCACUUUUAAGUUUUUUUUGUAAACAACCAGACUUUCUUUCUCGAAGCUCGCAUUUUGAGCUCUUAGUUAUGCCAUAUGACCGGUUUAUGAACUAUUUUCUCUUCUAAAGAAUAGAAAUUAGAGAGUUUCUUUUUCAACAUUGCCUCAACAUUAUUGCUCAAUGACGUAAACGUGAAAAAGCAACGCUGUAGCACAUUUUUCCAUGCAUGUCUCAAUAUCCAUGCCUACAGAGCUGUAGCUCUUGCUAGAUCUCAUAAUCAGUAUAUAUUAAACCAACAUUUUGAGAGGGAAGCACCCAGCUGAUGUGCAGUUUUCUCGGUGGUACUUACCUAAGAACACAACACAAUGGCUUGAAGAGGGCCCAAACUCAGAGCUUUUUAUGUGAGAUGUGAUGUACCAACUUUGUCUCUUACCUCCUUAGGGAUAAUUAUUUUAAGUAGAAAAUAAGGAAACUAUGAUAUAUUGUUGAAUUAUCUUGUAAUAAUGUUCUGAAUAGGUAGGGUGUUUUCUUAUUUUAUUUCCUUAGCCUGUCAUCACCAUUGCUGCUCAUAGCAUUAUCAGUUGCUGGAGGUGGCUGUUUCUACAUAUCUUACAAAAACCAAGGACAGAAGAUAAGAGUGUUGGGUAAGAAUUAUUCAAUGUUUGAUAAAUGGCUUGUCAAGGGGAGGAGAGUGGAGGGUCCUAAGGGUCCCUAGGGUCUGAAGGGUUCCAGUCUGAUGUCAGUGUUCUUGAUGUCUACAAUAGAGCUCAAUGUAUUGAGGAUUUGACAUGUCUUGAUUUCAUAGGUCGUGACCUAACUAGAGCUGAACAGUAUGGACUUGUGUUGUUGAUCAGUCUUCCCCUCUUCAUUCUGGCUUCAGCAGGAUCAACAGUGUUUUGGAUUAUAGGUGUGUAUGCAAUGCAUUAGAACCCUUUUGACAACAUGGCCUCUUAACUUACGGAGCUCUGGUUCAUUUUUGUAUUUCAGGUGCAUCAAUCUUUACAGUUGGACUUCAUGCAUCUAUGUUGAGCACUUCAGACACACCUGAAAUAACAGAGCAGAUUACAAUGGAAGAAGUUUAAGUAAAGGAAAUGGAAGAAUGAUGAUAAAAAGUGCAACAGGGAAAUAAAAACAUAAUUUAAAUUAUUGUGCUCCACACAAUCAUCAGUGUUAACAAAUUGAAAUAGUGGUUUGGAGUUCUUGGGGUAGAAAUGCAUUUGGUAAAAAUGGUCAUUGGAUCAACUCUACCAUUCGUAAGAUCUCAUUAGUAAUCCUCCUUACUGUCCACUAGACAAUUCUUACAAUGUUAGUUAGGAAAAUUUGGUAUUGGAUAAACUUAUAGGUAAUCUUGUAGUUGAUAUUUUCUUUUUUCUCAUCACCUGUCUGCCUGAGAUUGUACUGACAUUGUAAGGAGAAAAUCUGUCUUGAUCACUCAUAGGAGUUGAAGGGUUGACUAAUCACAUUUCCUGUAGUGAACUUCUUAACUAUAGGCAAUUUUUUUCUCUUAUAAAUCAAUUGUAACUAUUGUUGAGUGUUAGCUAACAAGACCAAAAACCAGUGGUGGAGAUGUCAUAGUAAGAGUUUAUUUUAUUUUAGUGCUUAGUCCCUAGCUAUUUAAUAUCUUCUACUGAAUUUUGAGCACACUUAUCCUUUGUUUAAUUUUGUUUUUGAUAAGUUGGAUGUACUAAAUAUAAUGUCUAAUUAUUACACGUAGUAAUUAGUUAAAAACAAAAGUAAUAAAAAUUGAAUCUGCUCGAGAGUUACAUUCAACCUUGCUAUACCAUUAUAUUUAUGUAAUGUGGUUCUUUUUUUUUUUUGGUUGUAAAAUUUUU